GUCAGAGGAGGCGCGGGGAGAGUAGGGUGCUGUGGUCCGAGCUGAAGGGUGAAGCUGGCGGAGCAGGAGGAUGGGCGUGUGCAGGUGAGAGACUAGAGAACAAGACCUCUGUCUCCAUAGCGUCCUGGAGCAGUGUGAAUGCCAGAAUGGAUAACCGUUUCGCUACAGCAUUUGUAAUUGCUUGUGUGCUGAGCCUCAUUUCCACCAUCUACAUGGCAGCCUCGAUUGGCACAGACUUCUGGUAUGAAUAUCGAAGUCCAGUUCAAGAAAAUUCCAGUGAUUUGAACAAAAGCCUCUGGAGCGACUUUGCUAGUGAUGAAGCAGAUGAAAAGACGUACAGUGAUGUACUUUUUCGAUAUAACGGCACAAUGGGAUUGUGGAGACGGUGUGUCAGUAUACCCCAGAACGUAUAUUGGAAUAACCAAGAAAGGACAGAAUCAUUUGAUGUGGUCACAAGAUGCACGAGUUUCACGCUAAAUGAGCAGUUUAUGGCGAAAUUUGUUGAGCCUGGAAACCACAAUACUGGGAUUGAUCUGCUUCGAACCUAUCUUUGGCGUUGCCAGUUCCUUUUACCUUUUGUUAGUCUAGGUUUGAUGUGCUUUGGGGCUUUGAUUGGGCUUUGUGCUUGUAUCUGCCGAAGUUUGUACCCCGCCAUUGCCACGGGCAUUCUCCAUCUCCUUGCAGGUCUGUGCACACUGGGCUCAGUGAGUUGCUAUGUUGCUGGGAUUGAGCUACUCCACCAGAAACUAAAGCUGCCUGAGAAUGUGUCCGGUGAAUUUGGAUGGUCCUUCUGCCUGGCUUGCGUCUCAGCUCCCUUACAGUUCAUGGCUUCUGCUCUCUUCAUCUGGGCAGCUCACACCAACCAGAAAGAGUACACCUUAAUGAAGGCAUAUCGUGUGGCAUGAGUGGGAAGCUAGCUGCUAUACAAUUGCCAUUUUUAUUAUUUUUAAAGAGUAAUAUUUUCCCUCCCCCAAUUUUUUUGAAUUUAACUAUUUUUUUUGCAGAUAUAUCACUCUAUCUUGAAAAUCCACUUUAUUUAUUCACACAGUUGUUUUUUAAUACAAUUAAAAUUUAUAUGCAUUACUCUGAGUGAUAAACAAACUAGUCUAGGGUCAGAGUCUAGACAUAAGGAAAUGGGUAGAUACUUGGCACAAAUUCUGAAAGAUAACUGAUAGUGGGAAAUUGACCCAGAACAAGUUCUGCUGAUGUCUGUUAGACUUUUCAGUAAAGUAAUUAUAUUCACUCAACUGGAAAUUUUUAUUUUCGUUGGGAAACCUCAUCGUCAAAACUUAUGUUUACUUUGCCGUUAUAGUUAGUCAGCCAGAGUUAUUAAUGCUGUUUUCAAAAACUUAAGCUACAUAACAUAGGGAAAUUAUCUAAGAUCCUUUUUCCUAAAUAUUGGCAUAUAACUUUUAUUAAGAUGAAAUAUGGCAGCUGUUGAUCUAUACCGUGUCUGUCUACAAGAAAAGAGGUGAAAAAUAAUCUUACGUACUUGAAAUUUUAACUUUGGAACUACAGGAAUUCCAAUUCAGCCAGAUAAGAAGAUUAACCUUAUUUUACUUUUUUUUUUAAAAAUCUUAGAGUGUCAUAGGAUUUUCAGUACCACCAAACAUUAAAGGGGAUUUUUGCUCCUUCUCCUUUAAUACACCAGACUUAUUACAAGAGUGCUUUCUUUUUAAUACCACUUUGGAUUCACAGAGUAAAAUUCUUCAACUGCUAUUUCUUUAUUUCAACUAAGUACCAUAAAGAACGUUCCACCAUAAAGACCCUCUGGAGUUAGGAAAAUUACCACAACCAGCUGGUCAUUAACUUCCAAACAUGGUCUUUAUUUCUUGUGGUGAAAUGAUGUGCCUUUCCUUGCCUAAGUCCCUUCCUGGUGUGUAUCAGCAUUAUUUAAUGUCUUCUAAUUCAGUCAUUUUUUGAUAAAUAUGUCUAUAAACAUUGAACUUUUAAAAAUCUUAUUUACUUAUUUCAUUACUAUAGCACUUGACAGAUUUUUUUUUAAAAAUGUAACUUAGUGAUUUCUUACAAUAUCCUAAAUCUGUCUUUUAUACAAAAUAAACUUAAAAAUGAGAAAAGACUCAGUUGAUUUAAAUCUCAAUAUGUUAGGAUAAAGAAGUACAAGAUUCUAAAUGAGCAUUUCUGUGGAAAAUGUUUUUUUUCUUUAUAGGCCUAUUUUUAUGCCCAGUGUUUGGCUCUGUUUUAUCCUCCAAGAACUAUGGGAACCUCUUAACACCCACUAGGAAAUGAGAGACUCUAUGUCAUAUGUUUCGCAGUUUUAAAAUACGUUUUCAAAAUAGUAUUGUGAUCUCUAUCAUACUUAAUGUGGCUAGUUUUUCAUAAGUUCAUUUAAUGGCUGUGGAUUUGUGUUGUACAUUAAAGACAUAAUCGAGUCAGUUUUGGAUUUCCAGCAAAGCCAGUAUUACUCUGCAGCUGAUUAUUGCCUAUGAAAUGGCUUGCUGCUCACUUUUCUUUCUCUUCCUAACUCUUGAAGUGUCAUUGCCCUCCAGUCCUAUAGACAGGAGAAAAGCUAAAUGAUCAAACAACACUUUUGGGAAUAGGAUUUUUAAAUUGUUGAACAACAGUGCAUUUUUGUGUUGGGAAUUAAUUUAAACAGUGGUCCCUGCUUCUUGUCACUCCAAAGUUAUCUGUCACUGUCAUUGUAGUCCAGAAACCCAGUCAGAACUGGCCUUCUGUGUCACAACCUCACCAGUAGCAUCCUGUAAUAUGGAAAGCUAGCACCAUAAGCCCUGGUGCUAAAUGGGUGUUGUAGUUGAUACUUGAAGCACAUUGCAGAGUAGCUGUCAUCCUCUCCUGUGAGGACUUUUUUCUGUGGAAUACAUAGGGCCAUGUUGUUUCAUUUGAUAUGAAAACUACGGUUUUUCAGCUGCACCAUGAUUCUAAAGAGGUAGAAUCAUAUGAAUUACUGAUAUUUGGCUACUUUUUAAAGUUAAACUAAUACAUAAAAUGAGUGGCAAGUAAAGUCCUAUUAAUCUCUUUUCAUCUAAUCUUUGAAAGUAACCCCCAAAGUAAAAAGUUAAUUUUCAGAUUUUUCAGAACAUGAGCUUUAUGGCAACUUUAAGAAACCUGUUUUAAAAUCUUAAUUUUAUGGUUUCUAACCUCAUAACUAAGUGAUGUGAAUAUGUUCUAUAUGCUUUUUAGCAAAAGACUCAUUUCAAAAUGUCUUAGGGAUAGCCAUAAAAAUAGUAAAAGUUAAAACAAUAAAAUGGCAUUAUUUUAGAAGAAUUUAUUUGUUCAGUUAACUCUGUACUUGCUAUCCAUGUCAUGAUACACCAGAGUCUCAAGAAUUUAAUAGUAAUAUGUUAAAGUUUUACCUUCUCUA